UGAUGAACUACCUACGCUACGUGACAGUGCCAAAGGAAAGUCCUACCUUAUCGUCUGGUGACUUAUAGAUGGCGUUGGUAGACCGAGUUCACGUUGAGUGGAUGACGAGAGCUUUGGACCUGGCGGAGAAAUCUCUUCUAAACUCUGAGGUUCCGGUCGGGUGUGUGUUUGUUCACCAAGGCCGGGAAAUCGCCACAGGACGAAACGAAGUGAAUGAAACAAAGAAUGCCAGUCGACAUGCCGAAAUUGUUGCUAUGGAGAUUGUUGAGAAGUGGUGCGAUGAUGAGAAAUUAGUGCGAAACGAUGUGUUUUCAACGUUAACUCUGUACGUGACAGUGGAACCAUGUAUCAUGUGCGCCUCAGCUCUCCGACAGAUGAAAGUUCCUCUCGUCGUCUUCGGUUGUUCCAACGAGCGUUUCGGUGGCUGCGGAUCCAUACUGGAUGUUGCCAGAGAUGUGUUGUUAGGGCAGACAACUCUGACAUGUAUCCCGGGUGUGAUGUCGGAACGUGCUGUUGAUUUACUAAAACAAUUUUACAAAGGAGAAAAUCUGAAUGCACCUGAAGAGAAAAGAAAAACUAAGCCACAAAAUAAUGACAAAUAAAACCAUGUUAAAAAAAAAAAAGAUUAGUCUGAAGCCUUGACAUGUUUAUAAAGUAAUGUUUUACCAUGCAUUCAGAUUUACAUGACUGCAUUUGGAUAAACAAAAAAUAUUUUUUAAACUUUAAAAAUAGUUGAUAAUGUGUUUUCAAUUUCUCUUCAGUUCCUGG